GCGAAGAGGUGCAGCCGCCGCGCUUAUCCUCAACCAGAAUGGGGGCCAGGGGGAAGAGGCGCAGCCGCGAAGAGGUGCAGCCGCCACGCUUAUCCUCAACCAGAAUGGGGGCCAGGGGGAAGAGGCGAAGAAGUGCAGCCGCCACGCUUAUCCUCAACCAGAAUGGGGGAGAAGAAGUGCAGCCGCCACGCUUAUCCUCAACCAGAAUGGGGGCCAGGGGGACGAGGCGCAGCCGCGAAGUGCAGCCGCCACGCUUAUCCUCGACCAGAAUGUGGGCCAGGGGGCGAAAGAGGUGCCGCCGCCACCUUAUCCUCAACCAGAUGGGGGCCAGGGGCGAAGAGGUGCAGCCGCCACGCUUAUCCUCAACCAGAAUGGGGGCCAGGGGGAAGAGGCGCAGCCGCGAAGAGGUGCAGCCGCCACGCUUAUCCUCAACCAGAAUGGGGGCCAGAGUCGGAAGAGGCGAAGAGGUGCAGCCGCCACGCUUAUCCUCAACCAGAAGAAUGGGGGCCAGGAGGAAGAGGCGCAGCCGCGAAGAGGUGCAGCCGCCACGCUUAUCCUCAACCAGAAUGGGGGCCAGGGGAAGGCGCAGCCGCCACGCUUAUAA